AUGGAACCUCUCCGUUUCCAAUCCUACCCAAGUAAACAUCUUCACCUCCCUCUCCGUCGAGAUCUUCUUCAUCGCGCUGUAAUAUUCGAAGGCGACAAUACCCGUCAAGGAACUGCAUCCUCCAAAACUCGCUGGGAUGUCCAUGGUUCUCAUCGAAAAGUCCGUCCGCAAAAAGGAACCGGUAGUGCUCGUCUUGGCUGGAAGCAAUCGCCAUUAAUAGUUGGAGGAGGAAAAUCAUUUGGUCCUCACCCAAGAGACUUCGGAACAGACUUACCGAGAAAAAUGUACGAUAUUGCGUGGCGGACGGCGCUGAGUUGGAGGUAUAGAAGAGGACAAUUGAUAGUUUGUGAAGAUGGAAUGACAUUUGAGUAUCCAAAAACGAGAUAUGCGAAGAAAGUUUUUGAAGAUUUGGGAUGGGGAAAGCAGAAUGGGAGGACUUUGAUUGUGACGGAUGGUUUCAGGAAGAACCUGUCAAGUGUCGUGGACAAACAUGAUGCGACUGUGUUGGAAGUGAGUGAUGUGGAUGUUAAGGACUUGUUGGAGUUGUCGAGGGUUGUGAUAGAGAAGAGUGCGUUGGAUCACAUAUUGGAAGAGCAUCAGAGUGAUCUUGUUAAGAAGAUUAGGAGUGCUGCGUGA